AUGCGAACCGUCAUCCUCUCUCUUCUCGCCGCCCUCGCUGCCUUCACCGACCUCGGCCACGCAGCAUGUCCCGUCGGCGGCGACACCUCUAUCCUCGCCAACACCGGCACUCCCAUAGGCACAACCAAGGUUCUCGAUGACACUGGCAUAACACUUUACAUCACAGGCCCACCCCUCCACUUCCCUGCCAACGUCCACCCAGACACCGCAAUCCUCCAUCUCUCUGACAUCUUUGGCCUCGACUCCCCUGCAAACCUUCUCCUCGCCGACUCCUUCGCCCGCGCAGGCUACCUCACCGUUGUACCGGAUCUCUUCUCUGGCUCCCCCGCCCCCAGCGAUUUGAACACGCCCGGCUUCAACCUCACUGAAUUCCUCUCUGAACACUCACCGAGCGCUACGGACCCCAUCAUCGCUUCUACCAUCUCCUUCAUCCGCUCCUCCUUGAACGUCACUCGCAUCGGAGCAGCGGGCUAUUGUUUCGGGGGCCGCUCUGCCUUCCGCUUCCUCGAUGACACCCUUUCUCCCGAAGAAAGGGUAGAUGUAGCGUUCGUUGCCACCCCGAGUCUGCUAGAGGACGAUGAGGUACUGGGUAUCGAUGGGCGAGUGAGCGUGGCGUUUGCAGACAAUGAUGCGCUGGUGAGUGCGGAUAGAAGGGCGGAGAUCGAGGCGCUGUUGCUGGAGACUGAGCAGGAGUACAUGGUUAGUCUGUACUCGGGUACUGUCCAUGGAUUUGCGAGCAGUGCGGAUGUGAGUGACAGGGAACUGAGGUUUGCGAAGGAGAGUGCGUUUCUGCAGGCGGUUAGAUGGUUUGAGGAGUUCCUUGGAAGGGGGUUCAGCGGGUGCUGGUGA